CAGAAAAGAAACAAACCAAAAAAUGAGAACCCAACGGCCUCACCAUCUUCUCCUAUCCCUCUUCUUCUUGGCAGCCGCAUUCUCAACGGCCACUGCCGGAGAAUACGGAGGUUCUACCGGCGGUGACGGCGACACUGAUUUCAUCCGCACCAGUUGCAACACCACGCUCUACCCGGACGUGUGCUACACUUCCCUCUCUCGGUACGCCAAUGCAGUCCAACAGAACCCUGGCCAGUUGGCUCGUGUCGCCAUAUCCGUGAGCCUCUCCAAGGUUCACCGCACGGCCUCCUACGUUUCCAACCUCACUCGCGAGGCCGACUACGGCGGAAACUCGCGCGCCGCCCUGGCUCUCCAUGACUGCUUCUCGAAUCUGGACGACGCCGUCGACGAAAUCCGCGGCUCACUGAAGCAGAUGCGGCAGAUAGGAGCCGCCGGAACAGGCGCCGGAUCGUUCCUGUUCCAGAUGAGCAACGUGCAGACGUGGAUGAGCGCGGCGCUCACCGACGAGGAGACGUGUACGGACGGAUUCCAGGAUGUACCGGACGGUUCGGUGAAAACGGAUGUAUGCGAUCGAGUCUCGAACGUGAAGAAGUUCACAAGCAAUGCUUUGGCGCUCGUGAAUCGCUACGCCAACAAGGGAAUGCCUUGAAGGAAGUUGAAACACUAGGUCGAAGAUUUGUCACCGUCUGAUUUUAUUACUUUCGAAAUUUAAAAAUCAUUAAAGAAUAGGUUUAACUGUGCAAAGCAAAAGUGUACUGUCAGAACAUAUUAAAAAAAAAAAAGUGAAUUUUCUUGUAUGUAAAUUUUGGUCUUGCUGUGUAGUUUUGUUGUUAGCAACAAAGACGUCACUUAGCGUAAUCAGAGUGAAAAAAAAAAAAUCAAAGAGUGAAGUUGAAAAUUAGGUAAACG